GACGACGGUUUCGCAAUGGUUUUCAAUGCAUAGCAAUGCUGGUAUCGACAACACAACUCACUGAGUGACGGGCUGGAUUCUGUGUGUCUGUCUGUCUGUCUGUAGCCGGAACGAUGGGUAAUCUGGCGCGAGGCCUCGUCAGCAUUUUUGUUGUACUUCUAUCGGUAAUCGUAGCCCUGGUUUUAUUCUCAGCGGACAACGUUGACGCAUACCGGAGAGGCGGAUCCAGAUAUUACCGCUCCUACAGAACUUACUACUAUUCCCGCUAUUAUUACUAUAGUUACUAUGGCUACAGUACCGGCGGAAGUUCCAGUUCGAGUGGAGUUAUUGCGGGGGCGGUGGUGGGCGGAAUUGUGGCAGUCAUUGUUAUAGUUGUUGUGAUACUUAUCAUAAGACAGAAGUACAUGAGUCGAUCAUCUACCCCAAGCAUAAAACCACCAGCUGUGAAAGUCACACUUAACACACCCAGUUCAGUCAUUCAAAAGAGACAGGAGUUCCACGACCGGAAGGGCCCGGAGUACUUCGCACAGUCCGGUGGCUACAAUCCCUAUGCACCACCACCGCCCGCAUACGGAAGCGGACCCCCAGGGGCGUUCCAGUACCAACCCGCGUACCCCCCACCGUCAGACCCAGCUUACCCCCCGGGCUAUGUCCCCCGGUAGUUUCAAAGUGACUCUUUUUUGACCUCUGACCCCGGCUGGUUUUGGAGUCAGAUUGUUCAGCUUUCCUUGAACAGCAUUAUAUAUUGUUAAAGCAUAAUGCAUUUUUUUUAAAAAUUAACUUUAUUUGAUGUGUGAAUAGUAUAAGUAUAUAUGGAUUAUCAUUUACGUUUAUGGUGGUAUCCUAUGAUACUGUACUGAUAUAAAUUAUAUAUGAUGGUGGAAUAUAUAACAUUUACUUUUUCUCUAAUCUUAGAACUUUUCAUGCAUUACACGUGCAUGUAUAGAGAUACUGUAUAUAGAGUUAUAUAUUUAUCUGUUGUCCAGCUAUUUUUCUGUUUGAAAACCAACCACACAAUGUUACUCAGAUUAAACAGAAAGUGAUUAUAUUUGUUUUGAUUUGAUGUCUAUAAACAAGACUGGUGAACACUGCUACAAUGUAGAACUUUCAACAUAUUUUAAAAAGUGUUGAAGGAAUUAAUUUUUUUUUAUAUCUAUAUUCUUACUUCUUUUUUUCACCCAUCGAUGCACUUGCUUCGAUACCCGUGAUUUCAAACUUUCAUGAUAAUUCAUAAUCUAAUUAAGAAUAUACACGGGAAGGGUUGAAAAAUUGUACGUUAUAAUUUUUACAAUAUUAAUGCAUGAUAAGGAAAGUACGGGUGAUUAGAAAAAAAAUUAUACCGAGCUAAUUUUGAAGGUUUUGUUAUAGACAUUGUAACCCACGAAUAAUGAUGGUUUAUAUUAAACCAUUUUUUCCGUUUAUUUUUUACACUUUAAUAAAAUCCUGGUCUCGGCACCAAUUUGAAGGAAGAAAUACCAAAUAGAUGUUGUUUACUUGUUCAGAUCUCGGACAAUUUGAAGGAAGAAAUAUACCAAAUAUAUUAUGUUGUUUACUUGUUCAGAUCUCGAACGUCUCAGUCUCUAGAUUGAAACAUGAGAAAGUUUGAAUCGACAUCGUCCAGCUCUCCGUCCAGUAUUGUGCUAUCAUCAUUUUUGUGCUAUUUAUUGGUUGUUGUUGUAAACAACGCCUGCUACCCAUGUCUACCUGCACACUGUUGCAAUGUGUUUAACAUUGCAAUAACUCUCCAAUAUUAUACAUGUAUUUAUGUUCUUUCAUGUAUUUGGCCAAAUAUGUUGCAUGUAUAUGAACAAAUAAGUGAAUGAUCUUUAAUAAAUGCAAUGAAGAUUUUAA